UUGUAAUAGAGUUUGUGGGGUUUUUAAGUGUCGAAGGUCACCCGUCACAUUUUGAUGACUUAAUGAUUUAUUCAGUUGCGAUUUCUUGACGUGCCUACCUUCUCGUUUGUAAUUUUGAAUUUGUGUUUGCUCCUCUCUUACACACGAAAACGUUUUAUUCACAUUGGGAGCUGGCUGACGUUUUUCAUCCUCAGUCUUUCCUGUUGUCUGGAUUACCAAAUCCAUUUUUACUGAUAAUCCCAUAAAACUUUUCCGUAAUCUAAUUUUAAAUAGAGCAUUGAGCUACGGUUGUGUAAUACAUUGGGCCUGGGAGCACACCUCUUGUUCAAUCAAAACUCGUUGGGUGUCACUGUAACACGUGAUAAGACCUACAUAACUCACCUGGACUUUAUCAUUUCGCAUCAUUCAAUACAAUCUAAAAAUAUACUCUAGUCACAUUCAAUAAACAUGAAUCUUGACGAUUACGUUAUUUCUGUGGUGCAGAUCCCUCCGGGUUACAGUUCUAAAACACUAUUAGACACAAACAAUCCUCAAGUUGAAAAGUUUCUCAAAAAGUUUAUGAAGCGUCUUGUUAAAAAACCUGGUACUCUGUUUUCUCGUGUUCUCCCAACUUCAGAUGUGGGUUGUGAAUCUCUCAACCUCUGCGUUAAUGACACUGAAACUACCUAUAUACCAUAUGCAAUGAGAGGUGGUGACUCGUCGUGGUACAUACGACAGUUUCCUACUCACAGGUUGUCCAUUCGUGCAUUAAAAAAUGAGAAAGAUUGUAUCAUACUGGAAGAAGAUAAACCAAAGCCUAGUUCUAAGCCAUCAUCAGUAGCAGCAGCAACAGCAUCAUCAUCAUCAUCAUCAUUGAAACGUGCCUUUGUGGAUCGUGAACCUAGUCCUCAAUUCAUCAUCUCCAGUGAUGAAGAAGAUGCCUCACCAGUAGCAAAAUCACGAAGAAUAGACUGACGAGAGAGUUGAACAGUUUUUGAAAUUUAAUUUUGAUAUUUUUUGAUAAAAAAGAAGAAGAAAAUAAAUACAAUAUGCAUUUGUAUUAU